CUUCGUAGUGAAAAUCGUAGCUUCCUCCGUAGAUGGACUCGUUUUGCAUGCGAAGAGUCCGAUAAAGAUCUUCCCAAAAUGUUGCCCGGUCUGAGGCUCCGACCCUUGGCGAGGGUCCUUCCCCUGCUCCUGGUUUCCGCACCUGUGGCUACCGCAGUUGGUGCCGGGGGCCCAAGCGGUGGGCGAGAACAAAAAUGCAGGCCCGCAACAAGCACCUCCUGCAAGGAAGAUCGAGGAAGCGGCGAUAAUUUGUUGUCGUCGGAAGAUGUUGACUCGCACCAGAAAAUAAACAAGCCGUCCAUUUUAAAAGCGACGUCGCGCGGCUCGACUUGUUCUACCAGGCACCGUCAAAAACAACACGCGUGGUCCGUUCUUGCUGGACCUGCUAGUACUCCGUGCAAGCUUCUGACCUUGCUAGCCGCCUCGAGCGCCGGUGUGACGGCCGCAGCCGGCGAGCAGAGCGGGUUUUUGCGAGGGCAACUAGCGGGGGAAGAUUAUGGCGUACAAGGAAUAUCGGGAGCAGGAGGCUCACGUAGUGGUCAACAGCAUUUCUCCGAUGAUAUUUUACCACCACCACCACCAUCUCUAGUACUACCACGUUUUUCUGCCGCCCCCGUUGCGCCACCAAGACAAGGACAUCAUGCAGCAGCUUCCACCGCAAUUCCGUACAGCGAAGAUAUGAAUUUGUUCGCGGACUUGCCGUACCCCGGGGACGCGCAGGUGGAGGACGAGUUGGCGCGCGGGCUGCGGAGCUUGCAUUUAUUCGGGAGGACCACGCCGCCGGGGACGAUGAAGCAGCCGGAGAAUUUUUUUGAGAGGAAUCACUCCAAUUAUUCUCCCGCUGGUGGAGAGCAGCAGCGCGAACUGGAAAAAGGAGCCCCCAAAAUCUUGAUCACAACUCCACGCAGCUUUGUCCAGAAUGCUUCCGCAGCAGAAGUCCCAUCCACGACCGGAAGUGGUUCCAGCACUUCUAAAGGUGUCAGUACUUCUAAAUUUUUCUCGCCGACGAGCUCUCAGCAGCAGCUCCCAGAGGUGGACCGCAUGUUUCUGCACGCGGCCCGUCUCGGCGGUUACGUACCAGUGUUGCCGGCCGGUGGUGUCAACCCGGUCUGGGUUGUCUCCGACGCCGCGGCCUCCACGGGGGGUCAUGACGCAGCAGCAGUUCUGCCCCCGGGGUUGAUUGGACACGACGGAAGUAGAAAGGACCACGCUGCUAUUUUGGACGGCUCCUCCUCCAAAGGAGAAAACUACAGGUACGAAAAUUUCCUCUCCCGAAAAACAAGCAAAACUGGCCCCGACCACCAGGCGGCCCCCGAGAAGUGGUUUAGUACUUCUACCACGAGGACUCUCACCAGUUCUAUCCAAACCACGACCCGCGCCCCACUCGUCGUUGGGCCGUGUUUCCAAGUGAAGCAGAUCGUGCGGGUGUUAUCGCAGUUGAAGGACGGCACCGGGCACGUCGAGGACAGUAUCUAUUCCAGAGAAAAAAGCAGGCAGGGCAUGUUUGUAAUGCAGAAAGUUCGGGGCGGCCCCAUAGCAUGCUGGUUAGGAUUAUAUGCAAUACAGAUUUUCUUGUGUAUUUAUUUUUGCAUUACAAAUGUGACCUGCCUGCUUUUUUCUGUGUGAUAGUAUCAACGGGAUUCUCAGGCUGUUGCCCUUUGGCGUGGACCGAGACUCGUUGCGGAAAUUGCUGGAAACGGUAUUGUUUCUGGCUUACGGCUUCACGACGUUUAUUAUUGUUUCUGUCUUUAUGCACAAGAACUUCUUUCAACAGCAUUUUGAUCUUAUUAUGUGUUUUUCAUUGUCAACAUUUGCAACGGUCGUUGGGAAAAAUGCAAGUGCGACUGUACCGCAAUCACUUGUCACAGGCGACCGACCUGGACUCUUUCCUGGAUCAAGUCCUGAACCGUCUCCGAACCGAUCCGAAACAGGGCGAAGACUUGGUGCAGUUCCUGUUGCAGUUCGCGACCGAGUGGUACCCAAACACGCCGCUGACGCAUUUGGGCCACAGUUCGGUGGUCGUGCAGUAUAACAACGAAAAAGACAUCGCGCCCGUGGUCGACCUGUUUCCGGGAGACGACGAGAAAAUUUCGAAAGGACUGGUGCCUAGUGACAAAAACCAUCCAGGCGAGGAGGCGAAUUCCUUCGAAGGCGACGACGAUGACAGCGGCAGCAUUUGCCUCCGCUACCAAGUGAACCUGGACAACAAAUGGUUUGGGAGCAUUGCGGCCAUCGCGACCGGGGUCACCACCGUGUGGCUCACCGGGCUCACGGCCUACCUCUGCAAGCUGCACGCGCAGCAGCGACAUCUGCGUGCGCGACUGGAGUUCGAGGAGUGCCAGCGCCGCUGGCAUGGAAGAAACGCGCAGAUGGCCAGCGAGAACGCGCGGCUAAAUACGGUGUUAGCACAGUUGGAAACCCGGCUGGCGCAGCACCACGAGGACGCAGCAGCUGCUCUGGAAGCUAGUAGCCUGCAAAACACGGUAGUUGCGUUACCCUAUUGCUAUUCCGCCCCCGCGGCCGAUGUUGUGAGCGGGGGCACGAGUGCGAACAAUCCGGAAGACGAGCACGAACACGGCCUCCCGGCGGAGAGUAACACAGAGAUGAACAUCAGUACUACAACAACUUCACCUCCCGCUACGAUCAACAAUCCGCCCGAAAAUAACACCUCCGAAGAUCGUAGCUACUCCGGCCUUCUCCUCCGCCUGCGAGAGAUGCGAGACGCCGAGCACAGGCAUAGGCAGGGCGGUUUAGAGGAUGUGGAAGAGGAACAGCAGCAGCUUCGAGUUGAUGACGAUAGGUACCUGCGCCGCGACAGUUUUGAGGAUCUUCCAGUACUGCCACCCGAGCCCCCGCUGGACGCGAGCCGGCAGCGGCUGUGCGCACCGCCGGUGAACUCGCCGGAAAGGAUGCUGAGCCGCGAGAACUCGCCAGAGCAGACCACGUAUCACACGAAAAAAGUGUUACAGUUACACAUUUGUUGGCAAUUCAGCAACACAAAUUUCUCGAGAUGAGAGGGAAAACCUGCAAUGCAGAAAUCCUACGGGAAAACACGUACGAAGCAAGGCUGCUAUGCAUAUCUAGCAUGACAGAGCUUGUCUGUCUUGCUUAGUCUGCAGUACAGUGUGUAACUGUAACACUUUUUUCUUGCGAUACCACGGUGGCGAGAAGUGGUAGAACGGGAGUGAUUCCAGAAGAGGACGACGAGUUUCCGGAUGUUUCUCACACCGCGCCUCCACCUCCCCGCGAAGUCAGCUACACGGAAAAGGUUUUCCACCUGUUACGACAGCAGGAGCAACAAAGGUCCCAACACCCCCCGCGGCCAACAACCGGCGACAACAACUGGCCGCGAACCUCCACGGGGUCUCUGAUCUGGCCGCACAGUAGUUCGGCCUCAAGAACGUCGUCCCGAGGGGAUGGAGGUGUUUUAAACACGUCUGAUGAUGUGCUAGGGGAAAGCAGCAGGGAUUCCGUGUUGAACAGCGGAGAGCCCAACAGAGACGCCAAAAUUUCUACCACAGGAGCCGGCGAUGAACAUAGUUCCUCUAGAAGUACUUCUUCUACCUCGAAACAACUACUCACCCGCAGUCGCGAGGGCCUCCACGCGCAGGUGAAUCUCAUCCCCGAGGAGGUUCUCAUGUCGCCUUCUAUGGGAGCCGUGGCUACUGGUUCGAGCUCCACGACGGCGGGCGCAAGUAGCUCCCCCUCCUCCUUUCUCCAGCUGCCGCGAAAGCGGCCCACGGUGCACAACAUCGCGACUCCGCGGGAGGAUAUCCUGUGCAAAAGUAUCGUACUCGUAUUGCAGUCAUGCAUUGCCAAUAUUUUUCUGAAGCUAAAUCCGCAUUACGAAUUUCAUUUCUCAUGCUGAGGAAGUUUGUGAUGCAUUAUUAUACGAGUGCGAUGCUUUUGCAAUGCAUAGAGGAGACGUCAUUCUCGGAUGAGGAGCAGGCGGAGUUGGAAGAUGAUUUACAUAUGCAGUGCAAAUAUGUUUGCUUUCGGAAACUUCUGAUGCGAAAACACGAAUGACAAGAAACCGACUCCAAUACGGAGCCACGCAUGAGAAACUCCUGAGCGCUUCAGCUUCUGUAGUGUGCCACCCGCAUGAGAAAGCGCGUUUUUUGCAUGACAAAGAGGUAGCGCUAUUCCAGCACAUGCAUCACGGAGUUCAGGGGUACUUAAGUACCUAUGCCGGUUUGACAUUUUUACAAGUCUGCCAUUCUUCCCGACUCAGAUCGAUAUUUGCAGCAUCCAUAUCACAAGACGUGCGACAUCAAAUCAACGAUAUACCACGUCGGGACCCCUUCGAGCAGGCAGAAGACUUGGCGAACCACCAGCUGGAGAGAAGUGAUGAUCGGAUGACGGUCGAUUCGCUUGCCACUUCUGUCGACGGGAUCGUUCCUCUGGUGGACGACGAGCAGGUCCUUGUGGGGGAGAAUGACCAUGAGACUCCGCCGCGGCCGGUGACUACUACAACACCGGUAGUUGUGGACCACGACGACGACCAAGUGCUCAGCCGCGAGUCCCACGACCCGCCGGCGUCCAACCAGCCGGUCGUGCCGGUAGAAGAGAAGGUGGAAGUCGAGAGCACGGUAUUAAACAUGAGUGAAGAAAAAGAUUCUUCGCCUGGUACCGCCAAAGUAAAUCACGCCGAGAAAUUUUUACAUCUUGAAGCGAGCCCCGGUGAAAGUGAAAAUCCUUCGUCCAGCGCAGUAGUCGUCGAGCCGGAGUUGCAACUUGCCAUCACCGAACUUCCGCUUCCGGAGGUAUUCCUCUCCCACGACGGUUUUCGGUUUGAACGCGAAGAGAGCUCCUCCAAAACGCUACGCACUGCAAAAGCAAAUCGUACCGACGUAGUAAUUGCAGUUAUGCAUGACAAAUCUAACUUUCUACCUGGUAUAGCAUGACAAAUUGCAUUUUGUUUUUAAAGAAUUUGUGAUGCGGUUUUUUAUACUACCAGUUGUGCGAUGCUUUUGCAAUGACGAUAAACGCCCACUUCCGACAGUUCGGGCGACAAAGUGCCGGCCAACGUAGCGGACGCCGUCAUGCGCAUCGAGCCGGGGAGGAGGCUGCGGGCGACUGCGGGUGGAAGUAGUAGUUCCGUGGCAGCGGGUCAUGCUGGAUCCACAUCCAUGGCUGAAUUGCUAGAGCACCCGUCAGACGAAGCAGGGAGCAGUAGUAGUACUACCGGAGUACUAGAUCAUGCGACACCGACCGGGGCAGCAGCCAGCUCUACAUCUACUUCCACAACGGGUGCCGCUUUUCGCACGCGCAAGUUCCAGCGGAGAACUGGGUCAGACGCUUCUUCGCCGAGACCGAUGGACCAGAACCCGGACAAGGUUGGGCUCAACAUCUUCGUGCCAGGGGACCACCGGGCCACGCCGAUGCCGAAGGGAUGAGUGAAGUGUGCCAGGCGUGCGUGGCUACUUAUGAAGGAGUAGUAGAAUGCGCUAAGUAAGUGUGCCAAUGCUAUACCAUGAUAAGAAUAAAGUCUGAGUUUUUUGAGAACAAGACGUACAUUACUACAGAACCGCCCAGUACUUGUCGACAAGGAAAAAGUUUUGCCAGUAUUUACAAUCCUAAAAAGAUAUCGGAAUGAAUGAAAAUUCUGCAAAAAUGAACAACUCUCUAGGGGUGUGGAAAGAUGCGUAGAGAAGUAUGCAAAAGCGGCUACAGGCAAAUGAAUUUAUUUCGUCAAAAAUGCAUAUCCGUUGUGUAAUCAAAUGAUAUUUGUUAUUUUUGUCGCAAAACCUCUAUUUUUGCAUUUGGAAUACACAAAUAUAGGCACGACCGCAUUGGUCGUUGCGUGAAUAAAAUGACUGCUGAAAUGAACGUGCUUUUCUCUACAUUAGUAGCACCUCGGUGCUUUUCGUCUAGCUAUCAAAAAUGACGUUUAAUAAUACGGUAAUACUGAAGAAAUUGAUUGAACGCCAUAUUAGCCAACUACUACUGUCCGGCUUGUGUCGUUUUCGCCACGUGUAACACAUACACAGCAAGUCGAAGAAGUCCCGAAAUACGUUUUUCCGAUCCCAACUCUGUUGAGAACACGACACCAGAUCUGCGCUGCUUCUUUCCAAAUUCAAAAGGUGAGUUUGCUUAUCUCAUCGAGCUUUAGGACAUACCGAAAAG